UGGCAAGUGGUUGUGUUUUGCACUUCUCGGCGUUUCAAAAUGGAGAUCACUGAAAUUAAACCAAUGAAGAUUAAAAUUAAAAUUAGCCUUAAAAUUAAAAUAACAAUUCGGAAUUUUGAGCCAAUAGUAAAGACUGAUAAGACACAGGAAGAAUGUUACACGGGGAAGGAGGAGGAGGUGCCUGUGGCGAGAGAGAGAGUGGAACAGGAAAUAAAAGAAAAGGCAAAAUCCCACUCUACUGUGAGGGUGUCUGAUAAGACAAAGGCUGACUGCAAAGAAAAACAUGAAGAUUUUCAUUGGCAACCCCAAAAUAGACCAUUGGGGAAUACUGGCACACAAAGGCCUCAGCUAAGGGGCGGCAGGGACAUGCCAAAGGGAGACAAGAAUUUUCCCACUUUACGUUCUGAUCAGCUACCCCAGAAUGGAGAGAGAGGGAACUCUGCUAUCCGAAGGCCUCUGCUGAAGGACGGGAGAGACAGGCCACCCCCGCACAAGGAGGCGGAAGGCAUGAGGAAGAGGCCCCAGCUAGCCUUCCUUGGGAAGAUGCGCAAUGAAGCAUCUCAGCUGAACAGUUGCCACCCUCUCCGUUCAGAGAAAGGCCAAAGGCGCCCAGUCAGUGAGGAAGAGCUGAUGUCGAGGGUGUAUGGGCUGAUGGGCUGGGGUCGGGGACGCAGGAUUAACAAUGGAAUGAUUUAAGUCUUCCUGUGUUUACUAGAAUA